AAAGAGAGAUAAUUAUACGUGUAUACAUAUGAGAGCAGACGAUCUGCGCGAUCUCGUCGUGUGCUUGCACGUGCCGGCUGUCUACCGCCUAUCUAUUCACGAACAUACCAUAUCUACUAAGUAGUUGAAGUGCGGUGGGUAAUAGCGUGACAGCUAGUAAGACGGAUGUUGAGCGGUAGCACGUGCGCGUGUUCGAGAGCGCCAUCCUCGAUGGUUGGUCACUUAUAGGCGUAGUGGUGUAUCCGGCGCAACGUGAACGCGUCAUUAAUUAGGUUCAGUGAGCAUCGCGGAGGCUUUAACGGUAUACCAGAGAGACACGUUGCCAUUAACACGAACGCCUCGAACGAUUCGACGUCGGUCGUACAGGCCGAUCCUAACGAGGACCCGAGUCUAUGCGCUAUUCUACCAUAUUCCACGACGUUAUUUCUCUACUUUCCAUGACAGAGAGAAAAAGAGAAAGAGAGAAAAACGCCUCUUUGGAACGCGAACCACGUUCUGGUAAAAUCGACAAAAAAAUUUGUCAGUUAUAUUCUGAUAUACGAAGUCAAGGGCAUCUAAAUGAAUAUAAUAUUGUUGGAUUUAAUAUUGGAUUCAAUAUAAAGAACGAAGACAAAGUUAUAUAUCUAACAGAAGAUGAACAGACAUCAUCAGCUUCAACUAGUGAUAAGAAGACGAAGAAGAUAUAUUUGCACAAAUAUAGAUCUGAAUAGGAAAAUAAUAGCGAAUAUAAAACGUAGAUUAAAAGAAGUCAUAAAGGUAUAAAUUAUUUUCAUUGUAAAAUAUGCUCAGCCGAUUACAUUGGUGGAGUAGCUGCCAUUAAAAGCAUGCUACAUCUGUAAAACAUAUAAAAAAUACAAAAGCUAUUGUAAUA